GUACUUCUUACUUAUUCAAUAAUUAGGUGAAAAAGUUAAAAAAAAGUUAUAAAAGAACGUGAAAAUUCUUCAAUCAAUACUUCGUGCUAACCUAUUUCUCAAGAAAGUUAGUUUCGAUUAAUAUUACGACGCCAACGUUGGAAAGAAGGACAUUUGGACUUACAAAAAUCAACUAAGAAAAUUACGAAGCAUGGUGGCCACUUCGAGACCUCGAGAAAUCGACAUCGAUAAACCAAGCCAUACGGAACAAUUGGCUAACUGGAUUAGUAGAGUUCGCUGUAAAAAACUGAUGUGUCGUCGAAAUCGCAAACGUGAUUUAAGGAUCGAAGCAGUACUGACAUAUGCUCUUUUCAAAGCUGAACAUGAAUUACGCAGCAAGCAAUUAUCUAGAAUUUCAAAAUGGCAGCAAUUUAAAAAACAAUUUCUAAAGGAUGCGGAUUAUUCAAAUUGUGAAUUCUACAAUAAUGGAGAUAUUAAAAAUUCGAAGUCGUGCCAAGAAAAUAACCCUUGGCAAGGUCCUUUAUGUCCUGAAUUAAGUAGUUUAGACAAUUUCAUGUCUAAAUUGGGGCAAAUUAAAGUACCACUGCAACGAUGAAGGAAUAAAUAAAAUAUGAGUGAUCAGGUCUGAAAAACCUGCGUCAGCGUCAAAUCCAGUUUAAAAAGAAGAUAUUUAGCAGUUUUGUCCACAAAACGUUGACAUUUAACAACUAAAUGGAAACUCGAACCAUAAUGCAGUACCGUCGCAUCGGUGCUGUGGGAAUAGAAGUCACAUUACUAUCCUGGUGGUAUAUCUGGAUAUUUUUUAC